AUAAUAAUACGCCCCAUUAUGAUCCUAAUGAUGAGAUGAAUAAGACAGAAGAUAUGAUAGUUCAGGAAGGAUUCACCUCAGUUCAAAUGCUAAACAAGCCCCAAGUCCAUGUUCUCAAAAAAUAAGAGGCCUCAGCAAGCUAAAUCAAUGGAUAAUAUCGAUCAAAACUUGAUCGGAGUUCAUAAGUUUACCAUUGAAGAUCCUGAUGUGUACAUAAAAUAGAGCAUUUGGUAAAAACUUCGAGUUUUCAGAAGAGUUCUUACUCUCUCAUAUUGAACCAAAAGUUGUCCUCAAGGCAAUUCAGAAGAGGUACAGAUUCAAAUAAAAUCACUCGAGUGACGAUCAAACAUAUCCUCUAUGAGGGAGCAAGAUCCAAUAAUAUUUUAAGAAUCAAUGAUGAAAGUUAUGAAAAGCUCGUAGAUAUUUUGGAAUUACCGAUAGACGAAGAGAUUAUGGAAACACCCAACCGCAGAAGAAGAGAAUUCCUCAAAUUUCGGCAAUCGCCAGAAUUAAAUAGACUAAGUCCUGUUUUGUUCCAGAACAGCACUAAUAAAAAGUUACCAACUAUUCAAGAAAGUGUUAUUGGUACUAGCCAAGUAUGUGCAAAAUCGAGCCAGAUCCAAAAAUCCGAGCAUAGUCUGCUUGAACUAUCUCGUAGCACAAUGAACUCUGAAGAUUACAUACAACAGAGCUACAAUGAUCUGUUUGAACAAGCCAAAAAUCUUUUAACUAAUAUUAUUAGAACUGAGAAAGGUAAUAUGGCCUUAAUCAAACCUUUAAGACAUCCAAAGAAAAAUACAAUAUCUCCGAUAAAUUUUGAGGAUAGAUCCACAGAGCAGUACAUCCAUGACAAGGUUCAAUACAGAGAACUAUUAUGCAAACUUAUGUCAACUAGAGCAGCCUUUUCUCAGAAGAUGAAAGUGGAUAUCCAAUCAUCCCUUCACACAGUUCAAGAAAUCCAGCAGACCUCAUCAAACUAUAUGGGGGAUACUGGAUCUUGAACUCAAAAACAAUCGAGUUCUUCAAGAUGAAAAUCUCUGAUUCCGGAUUUUAGGAGACCUCAAUACUCUCUAUUUCUCAUUAUCUUGCUUAUAUCUAUAAUCUUUGGACUUAUCUUCGGAGGAAUUAUCUACUUAACUCAUCAUUAUGAAGUUGCUGGAUAUGGUCUCAUCUCGAGUAAAAUGUUUGGAUCAGCUUGAAUACUUCUAAUAUCCCUUCUUUGAUUGUUUAUUUCUAUUGAUCUCAUAACAUGGUUUAGGAGUAAAUUUAAAGGAAAAUGUCUAUCUUUACUUGACCAUAACUUAGCGAUCCAUAAAUUCUGAGGCCAUCUGAUGGUGAUUUAUGCUAUCUUCCAUUCAUUAUCGCAUCUCUUUGGCACUUUUCGACAUAUCUCUAAUGCAGAUUAUGAUAAACUGAGAGAAAAUAAGCGAUUUAGGGAUAGAUUUGACCAUACCCCAACAUACUCAGAGCUUUUAUUCCAGACUUAUCCAGGAAUUACAGGGUUGCUAUUAUUAGUUGUAACAAUCACAAUUGGAAUAACAUCACUUAAAUGAAUCCGACAGAAGCGCUUCCAGAUUUUUGGAUACACACAUAUGGUCUUAUUUCCCAUAUUUCUGCUUUUAUUCUGAAUUCAUGGACUUGAUACAUGGUUUAUUGUAGGAACCCCUAUAGCUAUCAUAAUUAUAACACCCAAAUUUGUACUCCUUAUUUUCCAGAGAAUAGCGAGGGUGACUUCAGGAUGACGAUAUACAUUUCAAAUUGCAGAUGUCUCUAUGUCAUUCUCAUGCAAGUAUAUCAUGAUUCACCUGACCAAGCCGAAGGGAUAUAAGCUAGUCCAUGGGCAGUUUAUAUACAUAAACGUUCCUGAGGUGAACUUGUUCCAGUGGCAUCCAUUUACAGUCGCUUCUUCUCCAGACAACCCUUAUUUAGUGCUAAUGAUCAAGAAAGCAGGUAACUGGACAACUAAAUUGUCCAACCUUCUUUAUGAACGAAAGAAGAAAAUGAUGAAAUUUGAUGAGCUCAAUUUUAUGGACUACGAAGAGUACGAUGUUUUCAAUCUACUUCAUGAUUUACAUCAAGAAAUUCCACUUAAGGAAGUCAAUGAGCGAAAUAAAAUUUAUUAUCCUAAAGUUAAUAUUAGUUGGGCUUGUGCCACUCCUAAUGAGGCCUUUAUUGAUCAAAAGAAUAUCAUCUUGGUUGGUGCUGGAAGUGGCAUAUCUCCCUAUCUAUGACUUCUUGAAGAAGUUAUUAGGUUCGAUCAAGGUAAAAAUAAUAAAUAUGAUUUUGAGACAGCCAGGUUGAUAUUCGUUGCUCGAGAAGGAGAGCAAGUAUCAUGGAUCUCUAAUUACUUGUUCCAUAUUAUUAACUCAAAAUGAGUUAUGCCAAGCUUAGAGUUUUAUGUGUUCAUUACUAUUGAUAAAGAACUUGAAACAUUACCUUCCUUUCUAUUUUGGAGAGCCUUUAUGCUAAUUCAAAGUCAAAAGGAUAUUUGAAUAAGAGAACGCAAAAAUUCGAAAUCAAAAUCAAAAUCAAAAUCAAAACCAAAAGCAAAUCCAAAUCUCAGUCUUGGACUGAAAUCUUCUACAAACAACGAUGAUGAAGAAAUAAAGAGGAGGAUUCAGAAAUCUCCUAUCCGAGUGAUGUUCGGACGUCCAGACUUCAAAUCCCUCUUCAAAUCCUUCAUAACACCAAAUUCCAAAGAAUUCCACUGCUACUCGACCACGAGCCCAGUCGUGAACAGAGCUAUUUUCGAUGCUGCUUACAAAGUCACAAAAGAGACAAAGGUAAAGUUCCACCAUAUUUAUGAAGCAACGUCUUAA